CAAUCUACUACUACUCUCUCCUCUCGAAACACAAUUUGACAACACCUCCAGAAUGGCAGAUAUUGAUUUGGAGCAAUAUGACCCAGAUCCCAUUAAAGCCACUUACGAUGUCUAUAUAAAACCCCGCAUUUCCGACGACCGCGAAAUCUACGUUCUGCAGUUCCCAAAUCGUGAUGCGAAGCAACAUUACUCCAAUGAAAACGAGUCACAACCGCUCAAGCUGCGCAUUAAACCGGAAGCUGGCAUGCUAGAGGUCGAUGUCCCGCUUGAUGUCUGGCGCAACUUUGACAGAGAGAAGGGUAUCAAAUGGGGGGACGCGAUGAAGAAGAGUAACAUGACAAAGGGAGGAGGAAGUUACGGUAUGCCUGGCGCUUUUGGGAUGGGUGGUGCACAGCCAAGUGGAAGAGGCCGAGCUAGAGAGCUGGAUGAUGAUGUUAACCAGCAGAGGCUGCUGCAAGACUAUGAGGCAGCCGUCCAGCAGGACCAUGUUUUGCGAAAGCAGACAUUGGGAGGGCAGACUGUGCCAAAUGAAGAUACUACGCCUCAGUACAUGAUUGGCGUAUGGCGCGAAAAUCAGCUUCAUCUUACCCCCGCUGAUCAGAUUGUCCAAAUGCGACCACAGUUCCACCAUCUCGAUGCAUAUGCCGAGCAGGAACGCCAACUUCGAGCCCGAGAGACAGGUGCGGCCCCUGCACGUGCCACCGAAGCUCGAGCUGUCCAUAUGACCGUCAAGUCUUCGAUCGAUGGAGAAGAAGAUUCAAGCGAUAAUAUGGCUGAGCGAAUCAUGGUAGCGCAGCAGGAGCCAUGGCAACAUCACCGUUACAUUGAUGAAGACAGUGUGGAUGCGUGGGCCACGUUCCACGAGAAUCUCUUCGUUGGUAAUGAAUACGAGGAUAAGCAGGAACUAGUAGAGAAGGUGCCGAAGCUAUCGAGUGUUUUCCAAGAUAGCGAGCUUUUGGACAAGGUCAGUGUAACUAGAGAUGCGGCGAAACUGUCGAGGGAUAAGAGGGGCGGGACCAAAGGAACAGAGGAUGAGGAUCAGAGCGAUACUUCGAUGACAUCGGAUUCUCCUUCAGAUUCUGAUAGCGAGUGA